AUGGCGAGGGCACUGACCAUGGGUGUGGUCGCUGUGCUGGUGUUCCUGUGCGCCACCGCCGUGCCGGCCGCCGCCCAGGGGAAGAAGGGGCUGCCCAAGAACUCCCGCGUGAUCCACCCGAAGCAGUUCGGGAGGAGGGAACAGGUGCUCUCCUGCGACGACACCACCGACGGCAACAGCCCCUGCGUCGCCACCUGCGACAGGCGCUGCCCCAACGAGUGCGUCGUCAUGUGCCCAGGCUGCAAGACAUACUGCAUCUGCGACUUCUACCCCGGCGUGUCCUGCGGGGACCCGCGCUUCACGGGCGCCGACGGCAACAACUUCUACUUCCACGGCAAAAAGGACCAGAGCUUCUGUGUGGUCUCCGACGCCGAUCUCCACAUCAACGCCCACUUCAUCGGCAAGCGCAACCCCGCCAUGAGCCGCGACUUCACCUGGAUCCAGGCCCUCGGCAUCCGCUUCGCCGACCAUCGCCUCUACAUGGGUGCCCAGAAGACCGUCAAGUGGGACAGCAAUGUCGACCGCCUCGAGCUGGCCUUCGAUGACAUGCCCAUUGAAAUCCCCACCGCCAUCGACGCCAAGUGGCAGUCCACCACCGUGCCUGGGCUGACCAUCACAAGGAAUGCCGCGGCCAACGGCAUCAGGGUCCAGCUCAAGGGAGUUUUCGACAUCUUGGCCAACGUGGUGCCCAUCACACAGAAGGACUCCCGCAUCCACAACUACGGUGUGACUGAAGACGACAGCCUCGCUCACUUCGACAUCGGGUUCAAGUUCCACGGCCUCACCGACGACGUCCAAGGCGUGCUCGGCCAGACCUACCGCGCCGACUAUGUGAACAAGCUCAGCGUGAGCGCCAACAUGCCAAUUAUGGGCGGCACAGCUAGCUACGUCACCUCCGAUAUCUUCUCCACCGACUGCAAGGUCGCCCGUUUUGGCCGCGCUUCAGGAAUCUCCAUGGUCACUGGCAUCGCCACUUAA